AGCACACCCGGCGCACCAGCGGGACAGUCCGGCUGCACCACCGGCUCUCUCGGACCACGCCAACCGAAAAUACAUUUGUAAUGGAAAGAUAAUUAAACCGGAGUCGAGCGAUCUCCUGUUCCUCGUGUCGCAGUUCCCUUGGGAAUCAGAACCAACGGAGUAGCCGGCCAGGGUGGUAGCAGCCAGGCCUUGCCCAAAAGAGGCGCCCUGUCGGGGGUAACGGCGGAGAUGAAGGAUUAGAGGACAAUCCAGGAUGGUUCCGUGGUGCGACCGCACAACCAUUUGCAGCUGGACUCCGACCUAUUUCUGAGCUGAUAUCGACAAAGCCAAAGCCCAAGGCAAGCGGGGGAAACCAGGCGACCUGACCACACUCCAACUGGCCCGGCAGCUUCCAGGAACACAACUGCACAGUGUUCUCCUCAAUUUAUGACCGUUUAAUUCAACCAGCUAUGCAUAACAACGAGCUACAAAGAGUGGGACAGAGUUUGGCCUGCACAUGAUAAACAGAGAUAAUAUUCCAGUGAACUAUUUGGCGCUGCAGGCCGGGAGUCCAACUUUACAGAAAUUACACGGUUUCAAGAUCUUGGAAUAACCUUUCAGAUGACUUUUUAGGUCCGUACUUUGGACAGCUCAACUGUAACUGAUUCUGGCAUAAAUCUAAGAAGAGAAACAUUGAACUUUGCUUGCUCAGUUUUGUCUUUCAGUGGUAUUAAAAGCAAUUCCAGACAUUGUUUAAGGUUGAUUUUCAAGAAAUAUUAAGCCAUUUACCUCUUGUGACCAUGAAUCUUCAGGAAAAGCUGUCAGGCCUCAAAGGUCUGGUCUCACACUCCCACAGCAAGCGCCGCUUUAAAGGCGACCUCACGCUGGACAUGAUCAGCCCUCCUCUGGGUGACUUUCGCCACACCAUGCACGUGGGCCGUGGCGGCGAUGUGUUCGGGGACACCUCCUUCCUUAGCAACCAUGGCGGCACAGCCAAUGGGAACAACGGGGAAACGGAUUCUAUCUCCUCCCCUGACAACAAGAUCGGUGCGUUCUUCUCCAGGACGAUCCGUCAAAUCCGAAGGGGGUCUGACAACCGACCCACGGGAGGACCCAAGGAUCUGUCGCCGCCGCCUCCCGUCGUUUCACCCAUCAUCAAGAACGCCAUCUCCCUCCCCAGGCUGGAUGUGGAUAUGCCCAAUGGGAGUCCUACUGCUAAAGUGCUCUUCCCCAGUUCUCAAAGCACACCAGAGGAGAAGAAAAGCUCUUAUGGUGAUUAUGGUCUGGAGUCUGGAUUCGUCACUCUGCCUCGCCUCUCUCGCUCUGAGCGCCAGCAGCCUUCCAUCUCCCUCCCCACGUCCUGCUCCCCGAACAUCCACCGCGGCUCUCUGACCGACCCUACUGACGCCAUCUUAUCCACCUGCUCCGCCUCCAUUGUGACCUCUGACCCCAAGCCCACCUACACCGCGUACUCUGACUCCCUUCCCUCCCUCACCUCUUUGGACACCUUUACCUUUGACCUCGGGCCCUCCCUCAUGAGCGAGGUGUUUGGCCUGAUUGACGGCCACCCGGGGGAGCAUGGCAACGCCUGGGAGGGAGAGGAGGCGGGGUCAGCGUGUGGGUUGACCAAUGAGGGAUCAGAGAUGGACUCGGCUACUAUCUCAUACGUGGAUUCCCUGCUGAGGGAGGACUGCGGGGGCAGGAAGAGCCCCCAUGGGGCCGAAUGGGAGGAGGAGGAAGGGAUGGAGGUGAACGGAGUCGGGCUUUCCGUUAAAGUAGCUGAUGUGGCGAUGGGGUCUCCUGAACGAGUGCGGUUCGGGAUGGGGAUGGAGAGCGAGCGGUUCCAGAGUGCUACAGAUGUGCUCGCGCGCCACUAUGGCGUCAGCCACUUAAAGGGACAGAGCAGGAUGGAGGGGGCCGAUUCAAUGAUGAUGAUCAUCGGCCAGCCCAAGAACAAAAUGUCCUACAGUUACAUGGACGACGAGGAUGAAAUUAAAGUCUGAGCCGAGAUGUUUUGACUCUAAAAAAAACUUCUCUCAUGUAUGAUUUAUCUCUAAUUUCCAAUCAAUCAUCUGAAGAAAAAUGUUGUGGUCAACGAGGCCGGCUCUUUUGACAGGAUGACCAUGACCACUACAAUCCAGUAUCCUCGGUAUUUGAUUCUUUACUUUUAUACAAUCGUGCUUUAAGGAUGUACAGUUUUGAUGCCAAAAAAUUGUUGCUGAAUGUAUCUAAAGGGAGUGAAAGAAGUCUUUUUUUCUUUUUCUUUUUUAAAAAGGUCAGGAUUUAAAAGGGACUGAAACAAAGAGGUGUGGCAAGAAAGGAUGUGCCAGAGAAUGUAGUUAAGAUUGUCUCAAAGGAAACACACACAUGACAGAAUGUAGAAGCUACAAGGCCUGUCAUUCACUUUACACUUUUCACACACACAUUCUAGGGUGGAAAGAUUCUCUGUGCUAGUCCCGUCGGUCACUAAUGAGAGAGGAAGUGGGGAUUAGAACAAUUGGAUUUCAUCGUAUUACAACCAUUGGGCCUCACUACAAUCUCCUGUCAACUCCUUUCACUCAGGAAUACAUUACCAGAACACAAAAAGGAAGGGAAAUAAGAAAUCUAGAAUCUCAGGCAUCAUUAGAUAAACCAGAGAAACACAAACAUCUCAGUUAUUAAACUACAUGGACUGAAGGAACAUGACAAGUCAUACUGGUAUUUGCUAGUUCCAACUAAAGCUGAACCAUAUAAUUGCUCACUGUAUGCUGCAGACCUUCUAUAUAGAGACUCCUGUGCACCUUUUGUGAUUAUGUCCGACUCCUGUAUUGCUUUUCAAUUGUCAUUUAUGUGUUCUUUUAUACAACUGUACAAAUAUUUACUGACCUCCUAUAAAUAUGUUCUUACAGUAUGAGCACCUGCAGUACAUAGUGCAAUUCACAUCCAUAUGCUGCAGUCAAUACCAAUGAUAUAUUAUGAUGAUAUAAAUUGACAAUAAAGAUGUUUCUAAUUAG